CGUCGCAUAAUAUAUCGUUGCUCGACAGUUUCUUGAUUGCAUCUUUCAAACACGUCAACGAUAAUGGUGACCGCUUUCUCGAUGUAAACGGGAAUGUAAAUGCAUUAUUUCUCAUUGUAGAGACAGAUUCAUCUGCAGAAAUGCAGAUACUCCCUCUUAACUUCUUGCUGUACGCUGCCAGCGGUAUGUGGCGGCCUGUCGAGUGGUCCUCGGCCAGCUCCACGCUGCUGUAUAACAUCUACACCAUUCUCAUGGUAUACCUGAUGUGUUUCUUGAUGCUGACUCAGUUCCUAGAUAUCGUCCUUGUCGUUGAUAACGUGGAGGACUUUACCGCAAACUUUUUAUUCUUCGUCUCGGUGGUCAGCGUGAUCUGCAAGAUCAUUACCGCCUUGACUCGUCGCGACCGUAUUGUCAAUCUAAUUGAGAUAUUGCAACAGCCACCCUGCAGGGUCUGUGACCAGGAGGAGAUGGAUAUUCAGGCGAAAUUCGAUCGCUCGAUCAGAUCGAGCUCCUUAUCUUACUUGUUUCUCGCGACGAUUUCCACCGUCAUGGGCUUAGUGGGCUUAAUGUUCACCAUCCUACAAGGCCAAUUACCCCUGAGAGUGUGGCUACCUUACGAUUACAGUUCACCCCUCUCAUUCUGGCUCACGUGCGUUCAGCUCUUAUUAGCCGUCGGGCCGUUCGGCGCGAUCAUCAACAUCUCCACUGAGACCUUGGUGUACGGGCUUUGCUUGCAAACGUGCGCGCAACUCGAGAUUCUGACGCACCGUCUCCAAAGGGUAGCACGCUCGAGCGAAGGGGUGGGACUUCGCGAAAGCGCGCCGAACGAUACGUCGUCGAACAGAACCAGCAGAUUGUCAGAACAUAUCUGUCAUCACCUGUGUAUAAUCAGGUACGCUGAACUGGUCAACGAGAUAUACAGCCAAGUGUUUUUUAUUCAAUUUUUCGUUAGUAUACUGGUGUUGUGUACGAGUCUGUAUUAUCUGUCUUCUCACAUGACAUUCGAGGACAUCGGGACAAUCUUCAUCUACGUGCUCUGCAUGUUCGUGCAGAUUCUCGUUUAUUGCUGGGCCGGGAACGAAGUUAUACUUAAGAGCGCAAGUCUGAGUGACGCGAUAUAUCAAAUAGACUGGAUACUCAUGACGAUCAGCGAACGAAAGGAUCUACUGAUGAUAAUGAGACGCAGCAUGAGACCCAUCAAGUUCACCAGCAGCUUCCUGGUGACGUUAUCUCUGAGCUCGUAUGGCAACCUACUGAAGGCGUCCUAUUCUGCGUUUAACGUUCUGCAGCACGUGAGUGGUAUAUGGCGACCUAUCAAGUGGUCGUCGAGCUGCGCUAAGCUAUUAUACAAUGCGUUCUCCUUCUGUACGAUAGUCCAGAUAUACUUCUUGGUGCUGACCCAAUUAAUGGAUCUCGUCCUUAACGUCAAUAACAUGGACGAUUUCGUUAAUAAUUCUCUAGUGUUCGUGAGUGUUAUUGUCGUUUCUUGCAAAGCCACAACCGUUAUGUUACGUCGAAGCGCGAUCAUCAAUUUGGCGGACAUGUUACUGAGCGACCCGUGCAAACCUCGCGAUGAGGAUGAGCUGGCAAUACAAGCGAAAUUCGACAGAUUUAUCCGGUCGUACACGAUAAAGUAUGUGAUUCUGGCAAUAGCUUCCGUGACGACUAUCACGAUGAGGAAGAUAUGGGACAUCACACAGGGUCUUUUACCUUAUAGAGUGUGGGUGCCUUAUGACUUGAAUAAAUCCUCGAUAUUUUUUAUCACGUCGAUUCAUCAGAUUAUCACUGUGUACCUCAGCACUUACAUCAAUGUCGGCACGGAAACCUCGAUUUUUGGUUUCAUUUUGCAAACGUGUGCCCAGCUGGAUAUUCUCAAGAGUCGUCUCAACAAAUCGGUGAUUAACCAGAUAGCAGGCUACCAAGAGAAUCGGCCGUUCUCGUUACCAAAUAAGAGACAAUCGACUAUUUCGGAGCACAUACGCCAUCAUCUCAGCAUUUACACGUUAGUUACGUGUGCUACAUUCGCAUCACUAAUGCUGCAAUUCUAA